AUGGCAUACGAUAAUACAGUAGUGGAACCGAUUGCUAUCAUCGGCACUGGAUGUCGACUCCCCGGCGGCUCCUCUUCGCCUUCGCGCCUGUGGACCUUGCUCAAGAACCCGCGGGUCGUGGCAUCGGAAACUCCUGGCGAUCGGUUCGAUAUCAACGCAUUCUACCACGAGGAUCCGGGCUAUCCAGGCACGACCAAUAGCAAAGAAGCGUACUAUAUUUCGGAUGACCCCCGACCAUUCGACGCGCCGUUCUUCAACAUCUCCGCCACUGAAGCAGAGAGUAUUGACCCACAGCAAAGACAGCUCCUUGAGACAGUAUAUGAGUCUCUCGAAUCCGCGGGGCUCCGUCUGGAUGCUCUUCAAGGUUCGUCCACGGGCAUUUUCUGCGGCGUGAUGAACAACGACUGGGGUGAGCUGCAGUCAGCCGACUAUAAAUCUCUCCCGCAAUAUCUGGCCACUGGAGCCGCACGGAGCAUUAUUGCAAAUCGUAUCUCAUAUUUCUUUGACUGGCACGGGCCCUCUGUUGUCGUUGAUACUGCUUGCUCAUCAAGCAUGGUGGCGCUGCACCAUGCAGUGACUGCGCUGCAACAGAACGAAUGUACGCUAGCCUUGGCAACAGGUACCAAUCUCAUCCAGGCACCAAAUAUCUUUAUCUCUACCACAAAGAUCCAGAUGCUUUCACCGACAGGGCGAAGCCGCAUGUGGGAUGCCAACGCGGAUGGUUACGCGCGCGGGGAGGGGGUCAUAUCAAUUGUUCUGAAACGAUUAAGUGAUGCGAUCAGGGACGGGGAUGACAUUGAGUGUGUUAUUAGGGCAACGGGCACCAACCAGGAUGGACGAACAAUGGGGUUGACCAUGCCGUCUAGCGUCUCCCAGCUGCAGCUGAUUCAAAGCACGUACGCACGCGCAGGAUUAGAUCCACGGCGAGUGCAGGAUCGUUGCCAAUAUUUCGAAGCCCACGGAACAGGUACACUGGCUGGUGAUCCUCAGGAGGCGGCUGCCAUUCACCAUGCAUUCUUCGGGCCUCCUGCUAGCCCGGAAAAAAAUGGCGUCUACAAUGGGUGUGAUGUGAGCGUGAACGGGGCCGCUAACGGGGCCUUUGCUGAUGACAACGAUAUCCUCCUGGUUGGUUCAGUCAAAACUGUUGUCGGCCACACAGAAGGUACCGCUGGGUUGGCAGGUAUUAUCAAGGCGUCACUGAAUUUGCAGCAUGGACUGAUUUCCCCCAAUCUUCUUUUUGAGACGCUAAACCCAGCUCUGGAGCCGUUUGCCUCGCACCUCAAAGUCGUCACUGAACUUACACCCUGGCCUUCUCUCCCCACUGGCGCUCCAAGGCGAGUAUCAGUCAAUUCUUUUGGAUUUGGCGGUACAAACGCCCAUGCUAUUCUUGAGAGUUACGAUGCCAAUGUGAAAGAGAGCGGUAGCACUGUUGCAGCCGGACAGUCGCUGACAGCAGCCUUGCUUCCAUUUGUCUUCUCGGCGGCAUCGGAGGGCUCACUUGCAGCAGUUCUAAAUUCCUAUGCUGGAUAUUUAAAGGGCAAACCCGCUCUGAACCUCGUCGACUUUGCGGUAACUCUUCUCCGGCGCCGCUCAGCUCUAAAGUUCCGCGUUAGUCUCUGGGCUUCUAGCACCGAGGAACUGAUUGGCAAGAUGGAAGAGGAGGCCGAGGCCAUUGGCAAAAGAACGAAGACAACCAACAGCCGCCGGUGCUCUGACACGCCACGGAUAUUGGGAGUCUUCACUGGACAAGGUGCCCAGUGGACACAGAUGGGAUGGGAGCUAGUCGGGGCUUCUCCAGUCGCCCGCGCCUGGCUUGAAGAAAUGCAAAACUCUCUGAAUGACCUCCCGACCAAGUAUCGGCCAUCCUUUUCCUUGACUGGUGAAUUGUCCAACUCGGUGUCCAAGAUGAAAAGUGCCACCCUAUCCCAGCCACUUUGUACUGCGCUCCAGAUCAUCAUUGUCAACUUUCUGAGGGCGAUAGGGGUCUCUUUCACCUCAGUAAUCGGUCACUCCUCGGGCGAGAUUGCUGCUGCCUAUGCAGCAGGAUACCUCACUGCCACAGACGCAAUCCGUAUUGCGUACUUGCGAGGAUUUAUGGCGUCAAGGGCGGGUGGGAGAAACAGUCAACCAGGUGCAAUGCUCGCUGCUGGUGUAUCUGCGCAAGAAGCUGCAGACAUCUGCGCCAAGUCUAAAGGUACAAUCACAGUUGCUGCGGAGAAUGCGCCUUUUAGCGUGACUUUCUCUGGUGACGCCAAUGCUAUACAGUCACUGGAGAAAAAGUUAAAAGAUGAAAAUAAAUUCUGCCGUAUCCUGCAAGUUGACACAGCCUACCAUUCUCACCACAUGGAGCCCUGCUGCAGGCCUUACCUGGACGCGUUAGAGGAAUGUAAUAUCAGUGUAAAGGAUGCCAUCAGUGGCAUAACAUGGUAUUCGUCCGUACACCCGGGUGAUUAUAUAGAUUCGGCUUCGCUGCGUGGUGCCUAUUGGAUCGAGAAUAUGGCCAUGCCCGUACUAUUUUCACAAGCCGUGGCACACGCACUCGAUGAGGGCGACUCUCCGCCAGAUUUUGUCAUUGAAGUUGGUCCACAUCCAGCUCUUAAAGGUCCAGUGCAACAGAAUAUUGCGGAAUUCUUCCCGGCGGCAUCAAACGUGACCUAUCUUGCACCGUGCAUCCGCGGCUCGAGCAGUAUCGCCUCUCUAAGCAAUGUAAUUGGAAGUCUAUGGGAGACCAUAGGAGCUGGAGCAAUUGACACCACAAGAUAUCUCCGUCUAUUCGGCUUGGGACAGGCAAAGUUCAUCAAAGACUUUCCCACCUACCCAUUCGAUCACAGCAGAUCCUACCUUGCUCAAUCUCGCAUGAUCAAGAACCACCUGCACAAGCGCAGUGUGCCCCAUCCCCUUCUAGGGAGCUUGGAACCGGAGAGUGCCGAUGGAGAGUGGCGCUGGCGGCAUUACAUCCGGCAGAAGGACCUUGACUGGCUUAACGGACACUGUAUACAAGCACAACCCGUGUUUCCUGCAACUGGGUACAUUGUCAUGGCGCUGGAGGCUGCAUCUUCACUCAGCAGCAGGUCCAUUCAAUCCAUACAACUUGGCGAUGUCGCUAUCCACCAGGCUAUCACCCUACCGGAAAAUGAAGCAGAGGGCGUGGAGACCUUGUUCAGAUUCAACAGAAUGGAGACCACUGACGAAAUGACUUCUGGGACCUUUCACAUACACGCCAGUACAGGGGACGCGUUCCAACUUCGUGCGUCCGGGCAAAUGAUUAUUUCCUGGGGAGCGCCGAACCCCGACCUUUUGGCACAGUCUAGUGGGUCAGGAAGUGCUGGUAUGAGUGCCGUUGAUGUCGAUGAGCUGUAUGCAUUUUUGGCCAAAGUAGGAUACGGAUAUAGCGGCGUCUUCCGCGGCAUCCGCUCGUUGUAUCGGCAGAAGGACGCUUCCCAUGGUGAGAUACAAGACGUCCUUCCUGAUGGUAAGCCAUGCCGUUUUCUGCUGCACCCUGCACUCCUCGAUUGCACUUUGCAGACAAUGCUUGGCGCUAUUGGAGCUCCCGAUGAUGGCGAGCUCUACACCUUGCUCGUGCCCACUCGCAUCAAGUCAGUGAUAGUGAAUUCUGCCUUGUGUAGAAACCCAACCGGGGAAACAUUUCUCUCCAACGCCAACGUGACCCAGAUUGAUGCAGAUGGCAUAUCCGGGGAUGUGAGUUUGUUCACGCACAACAAUGAGGGUAUAGUCCAAAUGGAGGGCGUUGAGAUUGCCCCCCUCGUCCAGCCACCAACAGAGCGGGUAGUUUUCUCCAAGCUCGCAUGGGGUCCAUUGAACCCAGGGCACGGGUCCUUUGCAGAUCCUGUCGACUUUUCCACCCAUGCACUGACCAUGGAACAUGUUGCAUUGCUAUAUAUAAAGCUGGUAAACUCCCAACUCACCGACGAUGAACGACGCAACCUAGCUCAAGACCACCAUCGCUCCCGGCUGGCAGCCUGGAUUGACCGGACCUUGACCAAGACCUCCGCGGGAGAGCAUCCGAUCCUGCACAAGGACUGGAUGAACGGAACCCAGGCGGACCUGGACACUUUGUUAGCAGAGGCGUCCGGCUCCGUCAUGGCUGAGAUUGCCAAUGUGGUGGGGACGACGCUGCGGCGGUUCUUCCGCGGCGAAGCUUCUAUUUUAGAGGAAGUGCGCAAAAACGACGUCCUCACCCGGUUCUACAGACACGAUGUAGAGACUGAGAUGAUGAACGAGCGGCUGGGACGUAUCGUGGGCCAGCUGGCGUUCAGAUACCCUCGCAUGAAAAUCCUGGAGAUCGGUGCGGGCACGGGUUCGGCAACGCAUUCAAUUCUAGAGAAUAUCGGGCGCUCAUAUCACUCGUAUACAUUCACUGAUAUCUCAGUGGGGUUCUUUGAGGAGGCUCGCUCUGCGUUUGCCGCACAUGAAGAUCGGUUUCUCUUCGCGCCCUUGAAUGUGGAGAUUGAUCCUGCUCAUCAAAACUUCGAAGCACAUAGCUACGACCUGAUCGUUGCAGCCAACUGCCUGCAUGCCACGCGGUCAAUGGUCGAGACCAUGGCCCAUGUCCGCAGCUUGCUCAAGCCGGGCGGAUACUUAGUGAUGCUGGAAAUCACCAACCUCGAUGCUAUCCGGGCAACCUUCCUAAUGGGUGGGUUCGAAGGCUGGUGGGCUGGCGAGAAAGAUGGGCGCAUCUGGGGUCCAAUGCUGGACGUUCUGACUUGGGAACAGCUUCUGCGUGACUCGGGCUUCGGCGGUAUUGAUUUACGUGUUGGCCUUGGGGACCCAAAAUUGUGCCUGUAUGAAGUCCUGGUCGCGCAAGCGGUAAAUGAUCAGGUCAAUCUGCUUCGUGAGCCAUUGUCGGCCCAGGCAGAAACACACACGCAGCAGCAGUGGGGAGACCUCUUGAUUCUGGGUGGUUCAACAGCAAAGACCUCAGCGCUUGUAAAAGAGCUGGGUCAGAUGCUGAAGGCUCGCUUUCAUCUAGUUCUUGUCGCACCGACCCUUGAGUCUCUCUCCCUGACCGGUUGCUCUCAGCUAUCCGUAUUAUGCCUUACAGACAUGGAUAGCCCAUGCUUCCGAGGCCUCACCGAACAGCGUCUUCAAGCACUCCAGAUGCUGAUCUCAGUCACCCACAAACUGCUUUGGGUCACUGCUGGACCCGAGAGUGACUGCCUCGACCUAGGCCUGACCAAGGGCUGGCUGAGGUCUCUCGCGUACGAGCGCAGAGAAUCCUUACACCAGUACCUGAAUGUUGAGAAUGCAGACGCUGUUACUGCAGAGCUCCUUGCCACAACACUGAUGCGCCUUGUUUAUACAGAAAGUGGCAACGACUACAUGCUGUCAAGACUCGUACACGCAACCGAACAUGAGAUGUAUUUCCGAAAUGGAAGGAUGGAUAUCUGCCGUCUGCAGUACGAGAAUGACAUGAAUCAGCGGUACCUCUCCGCACGGCAAUGGCUAUCGAAACAGGUGAGAGCGACGGACGAAAUAUCGGUUGUGCCAGUGGGUAAGAACAGAUACAAGCUGCGUGUUGGUACAGGUGAAAGGCAGCUUCUGCGCUGCCAGAGCGUGGAUGGUGUCCGCAUCCACGUCCAGUAUUCAACGGUCAGCGCAGUACCCGUAGGCGAUGGGUUUCUGCACCUGGUUUUGGGGGAGGAUAAAUCCACCGGGGCGAGACUGAUUGCCCUAACCGAACGAUAUGAGAACACCAUCGAGUGUCCGGAAAGCUGGACCUUCAAAGUGCGGCAUGAGAUUCUGGCUGGAAAAGAAGCCCUAUUUCUUGGGAUACUCGCAGGCGUCCUGUUGGCCGCCUACCUUGUCGACAAGACUCCUCCUCAUUCUACUUUGUUUGUCCACAAAGCUGGCCCUGCGCUUUGCAACGCCAUCUGGACCCGGGCACUGGGCAAGAAUGUGAAUCCGUUCUUUACUACAGAUACCCCGACUUCCAAGACGCAGAAUACAACUUUCGUCCAUCCAAGGGUUUCAACCCGCAGGUUAAAGGAGCUCCUGCCGCGCAACAUCGCCGUUGCCGCUGCUCUUGAUGGAAAUACAACCGAUGGGGUCAGUUCCAGAGUGAAGGGCCUGCUGUCCCUGCCCGUAAGAGUAGAGACCUUGGAAACACUCUAUCGUUCCUCGCCUCUACGUCCAGUAUGCGGCGACACUGAAAUCCACGACCUGCUUCAGAGUUCGUGUUUACUGGCGACUCGACUGUCCGACAUGGAUCAGCAGGUCACAGUUGUAGGUAUUGACACCGUCGCCAAUCAGGACGUUCAACCGGACCAUAUUUUGAACUGGAAUCCAUCUUCCCCUUUUGAAGCUCAGGUCAAACCGGUCACUUCACUUGUCACAUUAUCUGCAAGCAAAACGUAUAUACUGGCCGGGAUGACGGGAGACCUUGGACAGUCCAUCUGCGAGUGGAUGGUGAGCAAAGGCGCUCGACAUGUCGUUCUAGCGAGUAGGACGCCAAAGGUCGCUCCGGACUGGAUCCGGACCAUGGCUAGAAAAAGCGCGCGAGUGUUAUCACUGCCCAUGCAAGUCCUCCGUAUUGUCUCAAGCAUGCGCACAGUUUUAAUCGUCUACCGCACUAUCCAGCAGCAGCAAUUCCCCGCCGUAGGAGGCGUGGUAAACGGAGCCCUCGUCCUCGAAGAUCGUCUUUUUGAGCAGAUGACUCUAGAUGUAAUGCAGUCGACCUUUGCGGCCAAAGUCCAAGGAAGCAUGCUGCUGGACGAACUCUCUGGCCCCGACGUCGACCUUGAUUUCUUUAUCCUCUUCGGCUCCAUCACGGGCGUCGUCGGUAACUUCAAACAAACCGCGUACUCGGCGGCAACAGGAUUUCAAUCCUCGCUAAUCCACGCUCGUCGCGCCCGUGGCCUCGUCGGGAGCAUCAUCCAUCCAGGUCUCAUCAGCGGCGUUGGCUACAUAACACGGAAGGGAAGCCGGUGGGUUCAACAUGUCCGCAAGACGACAGGCUCUCUCCUUCUCUCCGAGAGAGAUAUUGAUAAGCUCUUCGCCGAGGCAAUCCUUGCUGGACGGCCUGAGUGCGACUCGGAUCCUGAGAUAGUUAUCGGGUUACCGCUCAUCGAUCUUGAACAGCAUCCGGAUAUCUUCUGGAGCUCCAAUCCGCUGACCUGGGAUUUUAUUGAUUACAGCAUCAAAUCAACAUCACAACUAGGAGGUACCUUGCAUUCGCGAGGCUCACUCAAAGCGGUCCUCCAGUCCGACUCAAUCUCCUCUAUCGAGGACAUUACGCCGAUCGUCUCAGAAGCCCUGAUCGCCAAGGUCCGUAGCAAGUUCAGCGUAUCGGCUAAUACGAUAGUCAGCCCCUCGACGCAACUUACAGACUUAGGGGUCGACUCACUCGUAGCGGUCGAUAUCAGGACAUGGUUUGCAACGGAGUUGGCGGUGGAUAUACCUCUGCUUCAAAUCCUGGGUGGAGCGUCGAUCGAAGAAUUAACAGCUACAGCUGUGGCUAAGCUUCCAGCGGGUGUAGACCUAAUUGACGAUGAUUCUGUACUGGGCACUGUAUAA